CACCGGCUACCACCUGCCGCCUGCGCCCUGCCCUCCCUCUGUUUUUCUAGACCCCCGGAUCGCUCAGAGAUUGAGUCGUAGUCGUACCCGACUAGUCGCCGCGUCCUCCUUUCCCCGCGCAGCAGCAGAGCACCACCCGGUGACCGAGCAAUGGAGGCGGGGGGCGUGGGCCUGGCGCUGCAGACGCGGGCGGCGGCCUUCGGCUCCGGCCAGCGCCGGGGCGGCCUACAGUCGCCCAUCGGGAGGCUGAGAGUCGCUGAACCGGCGGGAGCUGCGGUUGCCGUGCGGGUUCGCGGGUCCAAGCCCGUCGUACCGCUCCGUGCGAAGAAAUCAUCCGGAGGUCAUGAAAACUUGCAUAACUCCGUUGACGAAGCUCUCCUGUUGAAGAGAAAAUCAGAAGAAGUUCUGUUCUACUUAAACGGGAGGUGUAUUUACUUAGUGGGAAUGAUGGGUUCUGGAAAAAGUACUGUGGGGAAGAUCAUGUCUGAAGUCUUGGGUUAUUCGUUCUUUGAUAGUGACAAAUUAGUGGAGCAAGCUGUUGGAAUGCCUUCAGUUGCUCAAAUAUUCAAAGUUCACAGUGAAGCCUUCUUUCGGGAUAAUGAGAGUAGCGUCUUGAGGGAUCUGUCCUCCAUGCGACGAUUAGUUGUUGCCACCGGAGGUGGUGCUGUCAUCCGACCAGUUAACUGGAAAUAUAUGAAGAAGGGCCUAUCCGUUUGGUUAGAUGUGCCCUUGGAUGCUCUUGCUAGGCGCAUUGCUAAAGUGGGAACCGCUUCUCGUCCUCUUCUGGACCAACCGUCCGGUGAUCCAUACACAAUGGCCUUUUCUAAGCUCAGCAUGCUUGCAGAGCAAAGGGGUGAUGCUUAUGCAAAUGCGGAUGUAAGGGUUUCUCUGGAAGAGAUUGCAUCUAAACAAGGUCAUGGCGAUGUCUCUAAGCUGAUGCCGACUGAUAUCGCAAUUGAGUCACUUCAUAAGAUCGAGAGUUUCGUCAUCGAGCACGCUGCUGAUAAUCCAGCUAGCGACUCGCAAGCUGAGUCACAGAUCCAAAGGAUACAGACCUUGUAAUAUCUUAAUCCUUCUGUUUUGUACCGAAGCGUACCCCCUAGAGCAUCGUUGGUUUAUUUGUUCGUUGAAGUGUCACGAGGGAGAGAAAAAAAACCCUGAAGUAUUUCUUCUUGUAAGUUGUAAAGGAAUGGAAUAAAGGAGCUAAUAAUCCGAAGUGUACCGUUGGC